AUGCCUCCAGAUUCGGCUACGAAGCUGGCAAACACGGAUGGAGCGGCUCCUGCUCGAGGUGUACUCGAGGAAACCGACCAUUGGAUUAAAGUAAAAAAGAGGCCUCUGAGAACACAGACAACCUCUAGUCCGUCACCUCCUGAGGUCGGCAUCGGAACCGUCGAUCCUUCUGAUACAAGAAUGUCGCAAGAUUUACUGACAGAAGCAACGAAUGUCCUCCUGACACGAUGGGCUUCUCAAAUCUUCGAACAUGGUUUUGACGCCAUCUUUAACCCCUCGAUAGGGAGAUAUGGCUGCCCGUUUGUGACGCUUGAUGCUUGCAUGGACGAAGAGAUGCAUCAUGAGAGCCCGGGCCAUGACUCUGCAUCGGUCGUUCAAGGGCACAACAGUAACCGGCCGAUCAAGGUAUCUCUAGAUCUAGCUGUUCAUGCUUUUGUGGCCCAGUGGCUUCCCUUAGUCCUGCAAACGAGCCCGGUUGCCCAGAAACAAAUUGAAGACCAGAUCAGAGAGACCUGGCGCGCUGCCAGAAUGGACAUGCUGAAGAUCAUCAAUCGCGUAUCUUACCGGUCCGUUUUGUCGUUGUAUCUCUUCUCUCAAACGCCCAUCCCCAUUGGGAUCGCUGAGGAUGAGGUCAUGGAAGGGAUUAGCAACAUGAUGUGUCAUCAGACUGCUCUGCUUCAAGUUCAACGACUCCGGGAGCGGCAGAAAGGAUCUCGAUUGCUUGGAUCGGAAGUCUUGCCUUUGAAACGCAUACCAACGCCCAGUGUCGGUGUUUCCCAGACGUUCCUAGAUCUUGAAAGCAGGGUCUACUGGGCCGUGAUCAUGUGGGAUACUUCGAGCUCUUUAACGUCGAACUUCAGAGCUUCUCUGACCUCGGGGUUGAAAGGCGCAUGUUCGGAGCCCGCAUGGCGUCUAGUUAGAGCAUAUCUUGUUGGGUCAUUCAUUCCGAGAACAGACCCUUGGCGUGCCGAUGGCUUCGAAGUGACCGACGAAACCGCUUCUCAGACUUUCUCUGCAGCGACCAUAUGCAUUAUUUAUACGUUCAAAACCAUUACAUCAUUGAAGGAAGCACUCAGAGAAGGAGUGGACGAGGACGAUGUUUUCUUUGCGUGGAAAGCCUUUCUUGAUGCAUUUGAAAUAUUCAAGACUUCAAUUCGCCCCCUUCUGAGCCUGUGUGAGAAGCACCUACAAUUUCUGGGCCAGGAGCGACGAUUGAGCUGGUACAAACUUAACUUAGUCUACAAUCUCGGUAUAUUGGUUUUGUUCGAUGCGCUCGAAGCCGCGCAUCGCUCAGAUCUCUUGGCUCAGGUGGCAGACGCUGGCCAAGAUGCUGAGCAUGAGUCUUUGAACAUACUCAAAUUUGGUCUCGAGAACAAGUACAGAAUCAACACGCCUGCGUCAGACUCGAGUACACGUCUGAGACCUACCCGAGGUUCAGCAUACCCGAUUGGAGUUUCAUUGGUGGCUAUUGACCCAUUUCCGCAUCAUGUGGUCGACCUGGUGAUAUUGAUGACAAAGGUCAUUUUGCGCAACUACCGGGACAAUAUCUUUGACGGUGGCGUAUACUCUAACCUCUCAUCAAUCUUGCAAGAAACCCUAGCACAACUUCCCCAAAGCUCCAAGUUUGUUCAAGAUGCUCAAGAAUACUUGCAAUUAUCAUUUGCCGAGCACAAUCUAUCCCCGUCCCUCGAUGAGAAUCUUAAUAUUUUAGUACGUUUGAAAAAGCUUGAGAUUUCCAAAUACAUAUCCAAACACUUACAUAAUCGAAUGAUUGAUUGGCUGGGCUCAUACUCUCAUAGUCCUUGGUUUAUCAGACUCCGAAAAGUUGACCCAAGGCACGUAAACGGUCUAUUUUCAGUAUCAAAGUUCAAAACUGGAGCAUUUAACCCAAAACCCCGAAAGGUCUUCGAUGGCGGUUUGAAGUGCAAGACACGCACGUGA